UAGAAGACAAUCGAAUUUGUUUAUUAUUUUUUCGAGUUUUGAAGUUUUUGAGUUUUCCUGUUUCUGUUCGCGUUUGUGUUAAUUUUAAUUUGAAGAAAAUGCUUUUAGGAACAGCAAGUUUACAUUAGGAACCCUUCCAUUUUUAUAUUAAAUCUAAGAAAUUGUACAAUUAGAAAAUCCCGGACCGAUUUUACUUGAAAGAUAAUUGACCAUUUUUUACUAGGAAUAGUUGCAAGGCAACUCCCUCAACCCGUCAUGUCCAGUGGCGGUGCCAGUACAGGAACAAUGACACAACAACAACCACAACAGAACGCCCUACCGCAGACGAACGGCACCUCAGGCCCCCCCGGAGGCAAGAAAAUGCAGCUCUCUGGUGGAAGUUCUGGGGCACCCACUCCCGCCGGUACUCCAGUACAAAAUGGGGGACAACAUGGACCCAGUCCUCCUCCAUUGGCCGCUCCUAAAUUUGGUACCCUAGUCCCGAAUCGUAUAUUUGUAGGCGGAAUUUCUGCUAACACUACCGAAGGCGAACUGAUGCAACUUUUCUCAUCUUAUGGCACAGUGAAAGCAGCUAAGAUUAUUCAAGACCGCGCCGGAGUGUCCAAGGGAUAUGGAUUUAUAACGUUUGAAAACGAGGAAGACGCACGGCGACCGCUCCGCGACCACGAAAACAUCGUCUUACGCGAACGUAGAUUAAACAUCGCUCCCGCCAUCAAGAAGCAACCGUUUGGGCGACCACCGGCCGCCCCUCCAUAUGACACCCCGGGCCAAGUGGACGGACGCUCGUCGGCCCCCGCGCCCCAUCAGGCCGCCCUUCAGCCACCGCUGCCGCCGUUCUUUUUCGGUGGCGGGCCGCCCUUUUAUCCUGGGGCCGCUUACGCUUACGCGCCGCCCGUGCCGAUGGUGAGCGCCGCCCCCACCGGAGCGCAGGUUCAGGUGUCGCAGGCCAGUCAGGAACAUGCCGCCCAACAGGCUGUUUAUCAAGCUCCUCCAGUUUACCAAACACAAAGUGGUCCUCCGCAAGCGGGUCCUUAUGCUUCGAUGGUUUUCCCGCCUAUUUAUAUGCCUCAGCAGUAUCCUAUGGUGCCGUAUGACUAUGCGGUGUACGGCGCAGGCGCCGCGCCGCCGUCGAACGGGGGCGGCAUGCCACACGCCCACGCGUUUGCCGCCUCGUCUGCCUCGAACGGGGGCGCCGCCUCGCCCCCGAGGGGCGGCCAUUGUUACGCGACGCAGGGCGGCGGUCCCGGCGGCGGACCUGCCGAGGCCACGUUGUUGUACACGACCGGACCGCCGGGUCAUCACAUUUUUCACACCACGUUGGAUCCGACCGGCGGUGCGGGGGCGGCCGGCGGACCCUUUUACGCCACCGCCGACGGCACCACCCCUUUCGAUCCGAUGAUGGUGGGACAUCCGGCCGCCAUGGGACACCAUUUUGGAGCUCUCGCUGCCGCACCGUAUGCCAUUACCGAGGACGGUUCCUACAUAACCGAUCAUCCGGAAAGCGUCGGGACGCCCCGAUCCUUUGUUACGGCGACACCACCUCCGCCGCCGCCGCCUCCUCCUCCUUCAUCGAACCCAUCGGAGUUGCCACCUCAGCAGCAGCGUAGCACCGCUACCCCGGUCGUUUCGAUUUUGUCGCUUGACCAUCAGCAGGAAAAAGAUCCCGCAUCGAUGCAGGGAGGUCGCCGGCCGCCGCAACAGACGCCACCGCACCACAACAAUAAUAUACUUCACAAUAAUAAUAACAAUAAUAAUGGCGGCACGCCGAUACACCAUCACACACCGUCGCCUACGAUUCACCACUUUCACCAUUCGCAUCCUCCGUUACACCAUCACCACCACCAGGGCAGUCCGCAGCAGCAGCAGCAUCAGCAGCAAAAUCGGCGAGGCGGUUUUCAUGGAGCGAGUAAUACUAUUAAUAGUAAUGGGCCCAGGAGAUUUGCCCCUCCGCCUCCGUUUGCUCGGUCUUUUGGUAUGGGGACUAUGCAGCAUAAUAAUAGUUUUCACCUUAACAAUAUACAGGCACCACCGCCGUCUGCGUUUGGCCCUCCGUUAAGGCGCCCGCGUAAAAACCAGGGCCUUCAGGUGCGACGCAUGGGCCCCGCAGGCAGUAGCGCCAACGAAAUCGGCGCCGGAGACGCCCCGCUCCCCAACCAAGAUCCUGAAUCCCUUUCUGCUCAGGUGGAAGCGUUGAAGCUUUAAAAGGAAGAAAUAAUGUGUGUGUGGAGGAGCCCAGGUAGCAAUAGUAGUAGUGCCGUUUGUGUUCUCUCUUUAAUUACUGGGCCUAAAUUCAAACUGUUUACUUAGUAGCUCAAAAGGCCUCCUCUAAAACUAAGACUGCCUUUGAAAAGAGUUUGAUCUCCUCUCGUAAUAGUUUAUAAUAUUAUAAAGGCUCAUUAUUAUUAUUAUGAUGAUAAUUAUAAUAUAUUAUAUAUAUAUAUAUAGUGGUUAUACUGUGAUGUUUGCGUCUGGUGGCAAUUUUAGUAUUGAAACAAAAUAUUUUUGUAUAAUAAUAAUAAUAGUAAAGUAUUAAUAUAUUUAUAUCAUCACAUUAACUAAGUAAUCGGUUUGGUUUUUGGUCCAGUAGGCACUUUGUUGUUGUUGUUAUUGUGGUACAUUUAGAGCCCGAGAGGCCCAAAGGGGAUUGAUAUAAUAACUAGAGAUAUAUGAACAUCUAAUAUAUGCGGUAGUCUUUGGGCUUUGAUGGUGUCCCCCCAAAACAUGCGUAUGUAAUUUAUAAAAUAGCGGUAAAUAUACUUAAUAAGCGACCCCAAAAGUUGCACCUCUUGUCCAUUUAUUUUCUGCUGAUGUGUGGGUGAAUGUCGAUUGGGUGAGACGAAUGCCGUAUGAGAGCUUCAGGGUGGUGAAAUUAUUAUAAAUGUUUUGUUGUUGGGCUUUUGUUUUUUUGGGGCGUUGGACUAUAAAUGGAGGCUUCAGAAGGCGAUCAGUGUAAGUCACUUAAAGAAUGAGAAAAUGGUUCAAACAAUAAAUUCAAAAAGUUCGUUUUGGCAUAAACGCGUUUAAACUAUAAAUGUUACAGCAAAAUUUCAUUUCACAGACUGACUCCACUUAAAUGGUAAGUUAGGACUGGGGCCUAAUUUUUUAACAAACGUCAGAUAAAAGAGGGUACCUAUUUUUGUUAAUUAGUAUUUCUCAAUCUCUUUUUUUCUAUCUAAUAAUUAUUACACAAGUAAAAGAAAUGUUACGAAUUAAGAAUAUGUUAAAUAUACAGAUGUAUAAGUACAUAACUUGUACUUGUUAUAACGCCAAAAAUUAUUGAUGAGAACAAAAAGCAUUAAUACAUAACUUUUAAUUUUCGUUAUAUCAAUGUAAAAUAUGGUGAAGAUAAUUUUCUUCCCCAUCCGUCUAUAUUGAUACAGAGGUAGUCAGCAGAUUGGCUAUACCUGUAUUUAAUUUUUUUUUCUCCUCAACUAUUCCCUUUUUUUCAAGAUAUACUGAGACAGACCUUCAAAAUUAUAAAAGUCGAAAUAUUUUAACUCUAACAAAGUAUGGAUCGUUUUUUCCUGUUUUAGACCUGGCAGUUUUAAAAGUCAUUAAUGGUGUACGGUUUCAAAUGCGUCUUGUGAUUUUUAAUAUGCAAGCUGUCGCACUCUAUCAUAGAGUGACCAGAUUAAUGCAGCCCAAGAUUUCUGUUUUUUUUCCUGUAUUCCUUUUUUUUUAAGUUUAAUUUUUUCUAAACAACCCAUUGCUUGGAGCGUAGGUUUCUUCAGAAUUAUCACAAUCGUUCUCCGUGUCCCUUGUUUUAUAGGGAUCAUUCUCAAUCGAUCCUACCUAAAAAUUUUAAAAAAAAGUAUAUUAUGAACUUUUAUAGGCCUGAGGUAAGCUAACAUCUACUUCAUUAUUUUUGCCUGUAAAAAUUGAAGUUUUCCAUUUCCUAAAAAUAAAUUAAGCCUUUAAAUUUUACCUAUUUACGAAAAGGCUUGAUCAUAGUUUUUCUAAAACAUCCUUACUGAAUUUGCUAAACUAACGGAUACAUUUAUCUGAUUCACCAUUACUUCAGUUUCAUGGGCAGUUUCACAUUUUAAAAUUUGCAAGUAAACUAUAAAAAUAAAAAAUGUAGAUCCUAUUUUUUUGCACAGUAUGCCUAAAACCUCAAUCUAUCCUUAAAAUGAAAAACAUUUACUCUCGUUUUCCAAAAUACGCUUUUAUCUUUUUUUCACUCAAGCAACACAAAACAAUAAAACUUAACCCAACAAAUGCAAAUUGAGUUAUCAUUUAGUCAUUUAUUAAGUCCAUCUAAUUAUUUCUGCUUCGCAUCAAACAAGGGUUUUCGGACUAAAUGAUUUUCUUAUGUAUAGGAGAGAGUAGGAUAAUGAUUUAUUUAAACGAACUUGUCAUAUUAGCUAAAAAGUGAUAAAAAUGACUUGUCCCAGAACGCCGAUGAAAUACAAUCGUCGAAAAAAUGACUUUUGAUGAGACACUAAAAAGAACAAUGUUGUUGACACAUGGACAAACCAAAACAAAAUGUCUUUGAAUCGCCCUUGUUUACCCUUCACAACACAGUAGGUAUCACUGUUGUUCAGCCAUUAAUAUACUUGUAUCGCAACACCUAUUAUCUCCCUUAUUGCAUCCAUCCAAGAACAAAUUAACGUGCCUUCCUGAUUAGAAGCACAUUCCAGAUCUCCACGUUGUCGUUUUUUUUUUGCAAAUUUUGUCAUGAUUUUGCGAGUAGUAAAACAGGUCCCUUGAGAAGGAAAUUGUAUUCAUUAAAUUAAUCUAGAUAAAAAACCUAUCAAAACAAAAUAACUUCUUUUUCUUUUUACUGUGCUUGCGUGCUAUUGAAAGUCAUACAUAUAGCUUACACAUAACACCUUUCCCAAAUUUUUAUUUCUCGCUUUAUCCAUUUCAGAGGAAUAUAUUGUCUGAGACUGGAUCUGCCUACUUGAAUUUUGCGAUGUUUGCGAUUGGUGCUUUUUGAUCUAAAUUUUUAAAAUCUAGCCUUCAGAUGUUGAACUAGAUAGAUGUUGUCUUCAAUAUAAUGAAUCCUGCUACACUACUUCAUUUUUUUAAGUUAGUAAAAUAUAAUUUCAAACGAUUCCUGGCCAUUGCAAGUUUUGAUUGUUUCAUUGCUAAGACUUUUUUUUUAAUGGCCGGAAGUUGGCAAUUAAAGGAAGCUUAUUGUACGUUAUAAUAAAUAAGAUUCCAAUUAAUAUCACUACUUCGUGGGAAUUCCUUUUUUCUUGCUUUUUCUUAGUUUAGAUAAAAAAUUCUUUUUGAAAAUAAUUUAUAAAAACAUCCACUACAGAAAAACAUCGAUUCAAGUCAAAAAGUAUUACGCAGGGUCUGUAUUCAGGUAUAUGCCAUACGCCCAACUAGCAAUUUUAGUUACGGCUACAACAUUGUUUGACUAUAUUACUUUAUUCAAGUAAUAAAUCGGUAACUGGUACCAAAAAAAUAUCUUAUAAGUUUAAAUAACUGCCAAGUAAAAAAUAGUAGUAAGAAAUACGUAAUAACUUAAUACUUGACUAUAUAGUAAUUAUUACUUUGCGGUAACUCUGAUGGUAGCUGAUACCGCUUAGCGACCUGACCUAAUUACCUUUACAACGUCGUUACUAUAAAUUAGAAAAUAUUGGUCGGUGGGACGAUUAAAUGGGAACUUUUAAGUAAGUGCGAUUACAAAGUUAAAUUUCAAGUUCUUGCGACUACAUAGGAACAUCAAAAUAUUACCACGCAGUAAUACACUUUGAAGUAAUAUUAUCAGUAACAAGACCGAAAUAGUUACCUUUAUUUCUUCUUUAAAGUAAUAUUUACCACCUUGGCUAUUAAAGCAAAUUACCUUUAAGUAAUUAUUUCUACUAUGCAGUAAAAUAUACUUUAUAGUAGCAUUUUUUUAAAAUAAUUUACUUAUUCCUAAGUCAUUUUUACUUUGAAGUAACAAAAGAAACUUCUUGGUAACAACAAUUCGCCAUAUUUUUUUAAAUUAUUUCACUCCAUUUUGUGAAAAGGUAUUGCACGAUUUUAUGAAUUUGCUAAAAUCGGAAUACUUUUACAUUUUAUGCAAUUUUUAUUAAAUUAUAGACCUCUUAUAUUCAUAGGAGUAAAGAGGAGUGAAAAAAAUUAUCUACCUUCUUUAAAAAAGUAAAUUUAAAUAUUUAGAUUUGGUAUAUUUUUUUUGUUAAAAGUCAUUAUUUUAAUGAGGCGUUCUUUAUUUUCGUUCUAUAUUGCCUAUGUUUAACAGAAAAUUUGCUUCGUUUACAUUUUUCCACUCCGGUAAGCGAUAAUAUCAGCUAUAUUAAAUACAAUAUGAAGUAGGUUAACCCCGAUACAACUCCAUCACUUAGAAUAAAGACGGACGUAUAAAAUUAUUUGUGUUGACAAAGAAAGAGAAUCAAAAUGUUUGCCUAAUAUUGGCUCAGUAACUUCUUAAUAACUAGCACUGCACAAUUACUACUUUAUGACAUCCCGAAAACCACUAUGGGACGUUAAAAAGAAGUUCCCGGGACGAUAGAAUUACGUAUUUGCUACAGCAAAAUCAUUCCCAAUUUUGGUAAAAAAGUGGUAACAGAACGGUGGCUAAACGGUUCCCGCGACUAGUAACCACAACUUUAAAGUAUUCUUUAUAGUCGCGAUUACGUAGCUGUUGCCAAAAAUGCUAGUUGGGCGUGGUAUAAAAGCUUCAAUUGCUUUCACCCAAAUACAACCUUUGUUGCUAUCAGUUUGACGUUAACUUAACUCAUAUUUUCGGACUCUACUUUUGUAUUACUCGAGGAAUCUGGAAAUAAUUUCCUUUGACCGUACAUGGCUUUUUUUGUUUUUUUUUCGUAAUUGGAUUCUAGUGGCCUCUCUAGUUAAUAGUCAGAUCCACUAUCUGCAAAUGGAUCUUUACGGUCAGAUAAGUUGUUUGCAAUACCUACCAUAUCGGUUGUAGUUAGGCGUUAUCUGUAACACACUGUAAUAUACUGUCUUGGAACGAUUGUGAUACAGUUGUCCCACCGAAGAAGAGGUCAAAUAUUAAAUUCAAUUAUUAACAAAGUCAAUCAAAUAUUAACAAAAUAUACAAACUGACUUAUCUUGGCAUUUUUUCAUAUAUUUCUUAACACUAUAAACGAAAAAAAAGUAAUCACAACAACUAAAAUCGCUGACAAUAUAGCCUGAAAAGAAAAAUCCAAGAAUGUUAACAAUUUUAUUUUAAAAAAACGUAUUGAUAUUCUAUGAAACAAAGCCAAGAUAGUUUUUUUUUCAAGUACAAUACUUAGUCAGUAAUUUUGAGUUAUUACAGUUUUCUUUUAAAAUUGGUACCCAGGCGGCUUAAUUUCACAACAAAAACUUAAUCCUUGUAACUUGUUUUUAUUUAAUUGAUAAAAAGGCGUAUCUGGGCAUUUUUGACGAUUGACAUUUUGGACGACUUUAAACUGAGAAUCUAGUAUGAUCUAGAUGUUCAUCGAUCAUCGUCGAACUACAAAUAAUACACGAAAAGUGUUACAUUAAAUGCAUUCGGAAGCAUCGACUGCUUGCGUUCCGAUGCAAAAGCGAUUCUUCUACCCUCUAUGAUUUUAAGAUACUUAAUAAAACCGCAACCACGAUUUCAUGUCCUAAAAUGAUUUACACUAGUAAGUGCGCCUAUUUGCUGGCUUUACUGGGACUCGUGCUGCUAAAUUUGAACUUUUAAGAUAAAUCUGUAGUACCAAACUUCAUUUAUACAAAAAAGUGACCUACACUGAUUGAGCCCUCAGAAUUUGUCAAGAUAUCCCCUACAAGUCCAUCCCAUCGCUUUUUCUCGGUUCAACAAGAACAAUUGGAAAUAUUCUCGUGACAAUAUUUAACUUUAUCGCGAAAGCUUAAGAGUGAUUCGUUUUAAAAAUCAACAAUCCCUUGCACGCACCCCCCUCCCAGUUAUUGAUAUUCUGUUUAUUUAUUAGGGUGUUGGUUUUUCGAAAACGACAAUAAAAACAACCCGCCGGUUUUCUUUACAGAAAGAAGUGAGAUGCCAUUACUUGUAAACUCUAUUAUUAAAAAAAAAAGAAAAGAAAAUAAACACGUAAAAGCUAAGUCAGUCGGUAGAUUUUAGGAUAUUACUCAUAGGUUAACUUUAACUUUUGUAGAUAUAUUGAUACAGAACGAAAUAACGCAGAUAUAUAAGAAAAUAUUUAAUAUAUUUUAGGUUAUAUCGAGAUAAGAAAUAUAUAUACAUCAUUAUUAAUAUAUAUAAAGGAUUCUCUCUUACUUGUUAUUUAAUGUAUAAGGUAUUAGAAUUUUCGGCUAAGGUUCGUUAAAAAUAUAUAUUAUUUCUGAGGCGGUGUGUAGCCUUCUUCACUCUUUGAAAUUUCAGAAUACAGAUUCUGUGAUAACAUACACUGUUUUCUAAAAUCGGAGUUCUAAAGCACAAAUAUUUAGUAAAAAAAAAGGUUACACAUACGAUCAAAAUAAAUCAAACAUCUUGACAAAAAAGUGAGAUUCUUGCUCAAAAUGGUUGCCAUCUCGCGUAGAUAGUAUUCAUUAGUCGCGCAUCUCCAUAUUCUUAUUAAACGGUGGGUGGGGACGCGGUUCUUUUUGACAACUUCGACAUUUCCUAAAUUAUAAUUUGUACAUAGAUAUAUGAAGUAUAUAGUAAGUAGUUAGUUUUUGAAGGAAAAAUAUACUUUUCUUAAAAUGACUUAUUGAGGAAUGAAAUGAGAUGCAAAACUUGUUUUAAAUUUAUUAAAUUAGGGAAAAUUUGAACCAAGAAUUAAGGGAAAAGGAUUUUAAAUAAGCAGACUUAAAGUCUUACAUAACUUUUUGUGCGUCAAAUUCAUCCUUAGGAAUACCUCUUUAUAACAGUUCUAAUAAAGAAACCAAGGCAAGGAAAACUAAUAAAGUUCGCUUCUUGAUGAGAAUAUUAAUUUCAAAGAUAAUUCCACGCAUUUUUAUCUAAAAAUGAAACAAUGCCUGAGCAAUAAAAUCACAUGCAGGAUGUUUUAAAAACUCAUUAACUUAGGACUAAUUUGAACCGGGAAUGAAGAAUCAGUUAAAAAAUAAGUAGAUUUUAAGCCUAAUACAACGUUUCAAACACCAUUUCAAUCCUCAAAAAGUCCUUUACAUUCGUUUAUAUGAGCUCUAAUAAGGAAACUAGUGCCAUCUCAAGUGGACAAUAAAAAGUAAAAAAGAAAACAGUGAUUUUGACCUUUUUAUUAUCAUCGUUAGGGCAAUGAAAAUAAUUUUUUUUAAUUAACUGUAAAUGCGUUAAAAUACGGGAAACUAUUGUAUCUUGGACUUUUAAUUUUUUUUAACGACAAUUUUGCUUUUUUUAGUACAAAAUGGCAUUUGAGAAUUUAGUAUAUCCACUUAAUCAAAAAUUUUAAAAAUACAAUACAAAACUAUUCCAUAAUGAUCCAUGGUACACUAUGCUCAUGUGCCUUAGUAGAUGUCUCUUGUACUUAGGGCCAAGCAUAAAACAAUAAUAGAUUGUUUAAAUUUUUAGUUGUAAUAACAUACAAAGGAAUAUUAAUGUCACAAAACGCGUACAAUAUUUUUUUUUUGGAUAGUAAUAAUACAAAAAAUCAUAUGCUUAAUCUGAUUUUGCAAGAAUCACACAAGUAGUUCUUCCACUAUUCUCCUUCAACCUCUGUGCAGUGCACUCAUCUGCCACAAGAAUUGAACUUACACCACUUUUGUGACUAAACUUCAUCACCUCUAUCUUCAUUAUCAGUUGAUUCAAGAGACAUUACCUUAGAGUCAGACGAAGAACCUGAUACUUUUUUACUCAAUUUAGCUUUUUUUGACUCUCUUUUUCGGUAAAUCUUUUUUUUCUAUUUUGUAGUUUGUUCUCAAUUUUUAGAUACUUUUUUGACCUUUUUCAGUUUUUGUUCCGUGAUUUUGUUUUUUUUUCUGGCGUAUCAGUAGCAAUCAUGGUUCUUCCUGGCUGUCACCCCAGUUUCCUCUUAUUCUUCUUGCAACCUUGAGCCUUAUCCUAAGGCAAAUCAGGAGUAGCAGGAGGCCUGGAUCCAACUUUGUUAGUGGUACAAGUUCCUUCAGGCCUAUCGAUCACGUAGUAACAAAAAGGAAAUCAUUGUCAGUAAAGAUGUCUUCAUUGAACAAGAAUGUUCCUGAUUUUCAAAAACCGGACAAGCUAUUAUCCAGAGUAAAGGCACGAGGAUAAGCUGUUCUCAAGGCUCCUGUAACGCUGUAUAUAUCAAAGGUUUUUCCUUUGUAAACCCAGGUAUCAACGGUUUGGUUGUAAUAAGAUUUCAAAGGUCCGUAGACAGAGAGGUCAAAAGUCUGCAGCAUGUGGGGAAAAUGUAACAUUUGGAAUACCUGCAUCAGCUGCCUUGUCAAGAAUUGCUGGACCAAGGUGGGUUUCAUGCUUGUCUUGAAUUAACAGGACGCGAUCAUCCUUAAAGCUUUGUAUAGAGUUCAUGAAAUAGAUCCAAAAAUUUCAUAAUCGCUUUUUCGUUUGACCAACCUGAUGGGUUUGCUGUGCCAAUACAUCCUACUGGUCUUCCAAAAAGCAUCCUUUCUUUAAAAUGCAGUCAUGAAAAGACCAACAUAAGAGGCAACGAAUUACCGAUUCCAUUUACUGUAACUAUAACAAUGUGUGCUCUUCUUUCAGCUGAAGUAGCACUGCCUAUCUGCUUUACUUACAUCUUUCGAAGCAACUAUUCUAGAUUGUCCUUUAAUUGUGCUCAGUCAGAGAAAAUUGGACCGUAUUUUCUAUGUUCCUCUUUAAUAUUCUUACAAAAAAGUUUUUUUUAUUACUCAUUUCAUCAUUUUUCCAAGUAUCUGAUAUGUUUUUUAUUACUAGCUUUUUCAAUUUUAAAAGUUAACGUUCUGAAACCCUUCUUUGUUAAACUAUUCUACAUUUGGCUAUAGUUUGAAUAUAAGUAACGAGUCUUCAUUCCUCUUCUUAGUAUAAUUGACGAAAUAGUGGUAUUCAGCGUUUUAUGUAUUUUUAGAUUUCGGUAGCUGCCUAGUAAGCGUUGACCUGCUUAUAUUGAAUACUUGCCGCUUUUGUGUAGGCUUAAAGUAUAUGAUGAUGGUUGGCCACAAUAGUCCCAUCUUAUUUAAAUUGUCUAUCCAAAUUUACAAACAACAGCAAGCAUUUUAUUCACAAAAAAGUCAACUAUCCAGCAGUUUAAUCUGAAAUAUUCCUAGCUUUCGCCUUAAGACAGUAUUCUCGUUCAACAGUUUCACAAAAACUUUACUUUUACAACACAAAGAUUACUUUCUUUCACUAAAAUUCUAACAGUCAAUUUGCACCGCUAUUACUGAACUGAGCAGCUCUUAAUUUGAGAUUGUGGAUUGGGUUCGUCAUCGGCCCGCUAGUAAGCAGCAUUAAUCAACUACGCGAAGUGGUUUUAGGUGUAUUAUGGUCUAGGUACAACAGUUUCCCCUGUAAUUAAAUAAAAAACAAUUUACAUAAUAUCAAAACAUCAGGAUUCGCCUGGUUUUUAAGAUACACCAAUAAAAGCAUUGAUUAAAAAAGGAAAAGUACAAUAAAACACUAGCGCCAAGUGGUCUAAAAAUGAGAGACUUUUUAAAUCUUUCAAAAUUUUCGGGUCUUACACACAAAAAAAAAUAGGAUGUAAGUGAUGAUUAGAAAACUAGGACAACAAUAAAAACGUAGAAAAGUCAGCUAUAUUAUGAGGAAAAAAUAAAUGCUCUGCUCCAUAUUUAUUCUUAGAAAAAUUCAAAUAUGAGACAGGCCAGGUGAAAUAUGAGACAGUGGUAAAAUGUACAUACAUAUAAACAGUCGGACUCAUCCUCUAAACCAGAAAUAAGACACGAUUUUUUUAAAUUUAUACAAUAAAAUAAUUCAGACCUAUUUAUUUAUAAUACGUACAAAAACAUUUAGAGCAAAUAAUUGCUGAACUAAAUAAUAUUCUUACAUAAAAAAUAAGUAAAAAAAGUGAAUAAUUUAAUAACAUAUAGGAACAGGUUUAUUACUAAUGAAAAUUUAAUGAACUAAAUAUUUGUCGAAAUUAUUGGAAAGGAAUAACUAUUUCUCAUUCUAAGAAGUUCCUGCAAGCGGAUCUGGGGGUGGUAGUUUUAAAGCAACAAUAUCUUUUGAACAUUCUUGAUUUCGGGGACUACUGGAUAGACGAAUUUAUUUCCUUUACGUCGUAACUAGGAAAUACAAAAUUCAUUAUUGGGUAGUAACCCUUUUACAAAGGCCAUGUAAUGCACGUUCUUAUUUUCAGUUUCAGAUUCAACCAGAACGAAAUCGCCAAGUAGUUAUUAUUUAUUCCGUCGCUGAUUUAGAUCCAACAAGGUUUCAUACAUCCUAAUUAAUUUCUAACCAAAUCAGCUAGUCUCAUAUUUUCGAUAUGGCUUUCGUCCUUGUACUAAACCUCUUCCUCUUGAUCAGAUUCUGAACUAUUUGAAGGUUGUGUUAUAAUUUUUUUUGCUUUUUCUUUCUGCCUUUUGGUUUAUGUAUUUGACUGCUACUGAGUAUUUUACGAUGUUUCCGUGCCUUGUUAAUUUUCCUUUUGAAAAAAAUGGAUUUGAAAGAAGAAUUUUUGUGACACCAAACUUGUGCUGUAACCAUUUCUAGAUUCAAAGCCUACUGGUUCAUUAACAAUAUUUUUUUGGGUUUCAUGAAUUUCCAACUGAUCAAGAAAGUCUUUAUUUGCCUGAAGAUUUUAUAUCUAAUUAGAUUCAUAGGAUCUAACCGCUCUAUAGGAUAUUUCUCCCUUCAUAUUAGAAAUAUUUUUGUUGAUUCAAAAGAAGAAAUAACGUUCUUUCUUGAAAUCCAUCUUUCCAACUAUAACAGUAAAGUAAAUCUGCAAAUUCACUUUUAGUCAACUUUCUCUGGUUUUGACACUGCCAAUUGAGCAAUUUUUCGUUCAAUCUUAGCUCUAAUGGACAAGGCACCCGCGAUUGUAGUAAAUCAGUUGCGCGCAGCUUUAGUAAUGUUAUAUUCUCUAAUGGCUAAUUCUAUGGUUGGUUGAUCUAAAUACUUAAAACUUAUCAAACCAGUCAUUGAAAAUAGCUGUUCUCCUCCAACGUUCUAGAUCAUUAUUACCUUUCCAAGAGCUCCACAGAUUUUACCCUUAAUAUAUUAUUAGUGGAGAUAAAGAACAUCCGCUAGCUGAUGCAUGCCAUUACAGUCACAUUUUCCUUUCCCAAUCGUUCAAUACUCCGAUGCACUUUUUGUCCUUUGGCGGCUACGGCGCCUUUAAUUCUGGUUAGAUCCAUCAAAAAAGAAGUUUCGUCGAGAUUCCAGACUUGUUUUGAUGUAAUAUUUAGGUCUUAAUGAAUGGAUCACUAGUGGAAAAAAAAUCGAGGCUUUUCUAGUUGUUCCAUUUUUUUUUGGCUAAGAGGAUUUCUGCUCCAGAAUCGAGUUGUCGCAGGGACGUUCAUUUAAGGACGUUGUAAGGUUAUUCUCUUGCACGCAUAUUUGCACGGCGUUUUGAACUUCUUGCUUAAUUAAUGCAAACCCUCCCACUGGGCAAUUUUUACAAACUGAAGAUAAAUAUUGUUGAGCCUCUACAGAUAUUGCUGCUUUUCGCCCUUUUUGCUAAAUUUUUCUUAUUCGUGUAGCGACUAAGUUUCGAUUUGUCGAUAUGGAAAACAUUGGAAGCAACUCUUACAGAAAAACCUUGAAUUUUCCUCAAAUUGCUGCUUUAUCUGACAUCUGAUCUCCAUCCUCUAUGACGUUGGUAUAUACUUCUUUGGCAUACUGGAUUUUUUACUUGACAGCUAAAAAAUAACGAAGAUGUAUGUUCCAUAUUUACACCUGGCAGUGUCUCAUUUUUACUUCAAACUCCACAAAACGCACGUGUUUCCUGACUGACUGACUGAUGACUUCCAACUGAAGCGCCCAGUGUUGCCAGGUAUUAUUAACUCUUAGGCGCCUUUUUGACAUUAAAAUGCCCCACCAGAGUGAGUUAGCGUAAAGCUAUUAGUAAAGUAAUGAGGAGGCCAUAAAUCAAGGAAUCGGCACCUCGGUUUGGGCGAGUUCGGCUAGUUUCGUCUAGUGUUUUAUUAUAUUAUAGUUACUUUUUCUGUGAAAAAUAUUUAAUUCAAAAGAAUAGUUAACAAUAUUUGACUAAAAUAGAGAUACACGCAACUGUAAGGGAACCCGCAGGAAGAACCAAAUAUUAAGUAUUAGUACACCGAUAUCACAUAAAUCAACUUCUAAAAUUGCUUUUAUAUAAUCAUAAGAACGUACGGAUUCCUCUACUUAUGCCCGUCUAAAGUAAUGGGAGUUUUGAACACAUGGAUCUCUUUUUACCACAUCUCAUUUUUACCCAAAGUUUUGUUGUAAAACUGGUAUUUUAAAAAAUCUUAUCAUUUAUUGAUCAUAUAUAAAAAACCGUGUUUAAAUAAUAUUGAAUUAAAAAAUAAUCCAAAACAAAAUACUUUGCUAGGUUCAAGAAGUGCCAGGUCGAAUUGAAAGAGUCACCUUUAGGCGCUCGGCGCAUGUCCCAUUAUUUAAAACGCCAUUUCAAAUUUAAAUCCGCUACUUUGGGCUACUACUACACCUGGCAACACUGAGGUUCACGGGUUACGAACUGACAUGAUAAAAUAAUCCUCAAAUAAAGCGAUGGAUUUUUUAAUUUUAAUUCUGACCAUAGGGUUACUGAAAAAUAAUAAAUUGUAGUCAUGAGGUCCACAACUGCUGCUAUUAGUUUAUAACAGAAAAUACCUACUUGUUGCAAUGGUAUUUUGAGUGUCUCAUUUUUGUACCACUUGACCCUAUACUUUGAGUAUUUAAAAAGCUUCCGUGUUCUGAGGAUGACAAUAAAUUGGUCAAAACUUAACUUAAUCAUAACGGUACUCUUGAAAAAAUGGACAAGAAGGCUUAUAAGUUGUUCGGAACAAAUUGCUCUGUAUAAAUUCAGUAUUUUCUACAGGGAAUUUUUCUCAAUUAUACCGAGAAUUAAUGAAAAAAUAUAUCUAAACCGGUUA